CAGGUGUGCCCAAUCCUCGCCAUCUUGCGACAGCACGCUUCGACGGGGUGAUGCAGAUACAACGAUAGAUAUAAAGGACCUUCUCCUUUUCGCCUCCCUUGACUUUGUUCCCACAUUGUCAUCGCUUUUUCAUUGCACUCCUGUUUCGGUAUUUUUGGUUGUCCAUGCCUCCAUCGCCUUCCUGGGUCGCCCCCCGCUUGGCGGCCUAUGCCAAGAGAACACCACGGCCUGUAAGAUUUGAGGAAAUGCUAAAGUUUGGCGAGCGUCCUUCACAGUCAACUCUUUUGCAAGCCGCAAAGUUCCUGGCUGAUGAAAUAUCUGUCCGAUUAGCUCACCGAUAUGCGGAACUGGAAACGCUGCCGUAUGGCCUUAAGGAAAUGCAUGCUGUUCAUCAAGUGAAAAGCUGGUAUGCGGAGAGCUUCAAGGACCUGGUCGAAUUUUACAACGUGAUCGACGCCCAUCGUCGUAAUCCCAGUCUGGGAUGCAAGUUUGAAAGUGAACAUGGAAUGCAGGGCAUGGGAUCGUGGUUCAGUAAGCUGAUCGGUGGAGCACGUGGUCGGAAAGAUGAGUUCGAUGUGUUACCACCUGGCUUAGCAAGCACUGCAGCUCUGGAUAUGACACGCCCCUCUGUCAUGCCAGCAGUCAACCAAGUGUCUGCGGAAGCCGAUAGCCUUGCAUACUUUGGACAAUGCCAAUCUCCGCACCUUGUCAAUGCCGCACCUGCCUAUAACAAACAAUUCAACACCAUUCUGAAGAGAAUCGUAGACCGCCAUAAUCCGGUCGUUGUCAUUGUCGGCAAAGGUGUUCGGCAGCUCACUCAGUCGCACCCGUACCUUCCCGAGCAUCACCCUGAAGUUCAAUCAUUUCUCAACCGCUUUCAUCGUAACCGAGUUGGUGUACGAAUUCUCAUUGGACAUCAUCUCGCACUACAGCGGCAGCAUAGAUUUCCACACCACAUUGGAAUUGUUUGCACCCGUACAAGCGUGGUGGAUGUGGCGUCGGAGGCGUCAGUUGAUGCAGCGGAAGUGUGUGAGCAAUCUUACGGGGUGUCACCACCUGUUGAGAUUCAAAUACCGGAAGGAGGCGUGCCAGAUUUUGUUUAUGUUCCCUCUCAUAUGCACCAUAUCAUUUUCGAAAUAUGCAAGAAUGCCAUGCGGGCGGUGGUUGAGAAAGAGGAGACCCGUGUGGGACGGGGAGAGGCAAAACGACAAGAUCUGCCGCCUGUGGUGAUCAAUGUCCAAGUGAGGGGUGACGAUAUCGUUAUAAGGGUAUCAGACAAGGGCGUCGGCAUUCCAGUGCGAGAAGUCGACAGGGCCUUCCAGUAUGCGUACACCACGGCGAAGCAAGCACCUAUAGAUCCGGACUUUCAUGGGUCGGAGGUUGAUGGAGCUCCUAUGGCCGGAUUCGGAUACGGUUUACCGUUGAGUCAGUUGUAUGCGCGAUAUUUCAAGGGGGACCUUACUCUGCAGUCUCGUGAAGGCCUUGGGACGGACGUCUUUUUUACUGUGAAGAGGGAUUGGGUCGGCGACGAACCAGUAUUGAUGUAACACUCUUCUUGCGGGUGGUCCGUUUUGUGGGCUUCCAGUGGAUUGUACAAACUGUUUGGAAGGAUAGAUGAGCUCGGUCGCGUACGUCGCGUCGCGACCGCAGCAAUUGUGUAGAUAGACUUUUUUUAGACUUCUUUAUUUCAGUCCAAUUUGGCCUAUACCAUUAUCCCAGUUGCCUUCUGCCC